AUGUCUGACAAUGCUGAUGAAUUAACAGCAACGAAGAAAACAUUUUGCUUUAGUUCUGGUGAACUUAUAACUCUUGAAGAUGAUCAAAUUGAAAAAAUACCUUAUUUAAUUGUUCUCGUGUCUUCUGCUUAUAAUUUUCAAUCAGUAUGUGAUAAAAAUGGACAUCUUAAACUCGAUUCACUUAUUCAAUUUGAACAAUUUUCUUUUGCUAUUCAAUCACUUUCAUUUCAUUCAAUUCGACAAUUAUUUACUCAUUUGUCUAAAGCAAAUGAUAUCAUAUCUAUAAUUGCAUUGUUAGAUUUUCUUGAUACUGCACCUCAAUCAGAUCCUUCAUUGAAACAUAUUGAUUCAACUUUCUUUUCAAAAGUUGUAUAUAGUCCUUUCUUAAACGAAGAUUUACAAAUAAUUCGUCUAUGGGAUAUUCAAAAUAUGGCUGUUCGAUUUGCUAUUGCAAUGGCUAAGGGAGAAUAUAAUUUUAAUAAUAGAGAAGUAAUCGAUCAAAUAUAUUGGUUUGUAAUGUUUAUUUUAAGUGCUUAUAAAUAUUUUGGACCUCGCUUUCGUCAUCAUGUAUAG